AUGGUGGCGAGUGUGGCAGUUCUGUUCAUAAUCCGUCACCAAGUGGUCGUCGGAAGUGGCCACCGCCUCAGACUGUCGCCGAAAUGGUUGGUGCCGGUGCUGCUGUUCAACUACAUGCUCUACGUGAACAUGACUCUGCCGGCCCUGUUCACAGCACCCGAAGAGCAGUUGAGUGUCAAGAUGCAGUUGUUGAAGGUACCCAAAUAUGUACUCCUCUUCAUGCACUGAUCGUUGACAGGAAGAACGAUGUCCGCCCAAGUCUCUCCUCCAUCCGUCCGUCUUCAUUCUGCAGUCCUCGAUGAAUUUUCUUCUCCCCUACCUCGCGUUCCUCAUCGUUUUCGUCGGCGCCGAGUGUGGUUUGCUGGCUCUCCACUGCUCGUGGCUCCUCUUUUUCUCCACGCUCACCCAAAAACUGUCGCGAAAGACGCGUACGAUGCAGAUCAAAUUCUUGGCCGCUCUCGUCGCACAGGUUGGAUCGCGCCCCAAAAGUUCAACUUGAUAAUAUUCAGAUCGCAAUCCCAACUGCACUGUGCUACACACCAAUCUUCUACUGGGCAAUCACAACUAUCAUCGAUCAUUAUUGGCAGUGUAAGAGUCUUCACUAAAACCUUUUUCAAUUCAUUUUUCAGUUGCCAACGACGUUUGUGUCUUCGUGUUCGCCACGUACGGAAUCAUCUCUUCCAUUUGCCAAUUGCUCUUCUACGACUCCUACCGUGCCCACCUCCUUUACAUUCUUUGUAGAAUUUCUAAAAGCAAACGCAUGAGCACGAUGAUAAGCGAGAGAACGAGUCGGGUGAAUAGCAUACAUCGCACUCAGGCUCAUGUUGCCGUUAUGUCAUAA